UUUUUUUAGUAUUUUAUUAGCGCUCUAGCGGUAAACACUCAGUUAUUAUUAUUUUCCACUUUAAAUGUGUUGUAAAAUCCAUAAAAUCAUUGCUCUACAAAUAAACGUAUUAUUGUCUUGGAAGAUUUUAAAAUAGUCGCGCAAAAAAGGUUUUUGACCAAAUAAACAAACAAAAAAGGGAGUUUUUUUAAACGAUUUUAAGUAAAUAUUUACAGAGAAAAGAAAAAACUAAUAGUUUUUAAUUAAAAUUUUUUUUCUUUGAUCCAUAACAUGUCAUUUUUAUCGCCCCUGUUGAAAUUAGAAAAUCUCUCAACAAAACCCAUCAUGAGUUUGGAUCAUAUACCGGAAGAGAAACGUUAUAAUAAAAAUAAUAUUGUAGCCAAAUGGUGUGCACCGAUAAAUGGUAAAAUGUAUCGAAUUGAACUGGAACAUGGCACAACCAGUGGCAGACGUAUGAUAUGGGUUAAUGGCAAGGAAGUCUUAAGACGUGACUGGAUGUUUAAGUUGGUGGGUGAAGAUACUUUUUAUAUAAAUGAUGCCCGCUGUAUUAUACGUGUCGAUCCGGCGCCCGGUUUCAAAUAUGAAUAUCUUCUUUUUAUUGAUGGCAAAUCUCAUGAUCAGUAUACCGAGGAACAGACAAAACAAUAUCGUUUAUGGGUUACAACUAUAAAUGGUGUAGAAUAUCGGAUUAUGCUGGAAUUGGAUACAUUGAAUUUAUUCAUCAAUGAUAAACUACGGAAUGAAACGGCCGAAUUUGUCGACGGUGGCACCGAUACUGUGGUCCAUGAAAACGAUGUUGAAUUUCGCCUGCAGACACGUUCCAGCGGCCAUAAGCUUAGUGGUAUUGUACACACUCUGCUGGCCAAUCAAGUAGAAAUACCCGAAGCAAAGAUUCAAGAAAUAAUGCAGGAGCCCUGUUCGAUACUAUCGACAUAAGAAAGUUAAAGCUUUAUAAAAUCAAAUUAAAAAAAAUAACAACAAAAUGUGAUCUUUUUAAGUGUAAUUAUUAAUUAAAAAUAAAUAUAUUAGAAAUAAAGUUAAAUUAGU